UAGUGACAUUAAAUUUUUAAGAACUUUAAUAUCUUAAUAAAUUAUUGCCUACAAGUAUUGACCAGAAAUCUUGAUGUGUUUCAGAUUAAUGUACUACUAGAAGCAAUGCCCCUGUGUGACAGCAGGCCCAGUCAUGUGCUGUAAUUGGUGUACAUUGGAGGAGAAUAUCAUGCAGUUCUGCCCCCCGGCACGCUAAGAGCCAUCUGGAUGUUUUCUCUGAUGGAUAUGAGGAAGUACGUUGCAUCUGCCUUUAAGAGAAUGAACCCUGAUCCUUCCUUUCACCUCUAAUUCACCUUCGUCCUCCCUGAGCAAUGAAGAUGGUGAGCCGAGACCCAGCUUCAAGCUGUAGUUCAACGCUUCAUCAGAUGAGGCGCUACAGAGCAGGAGUUUAUCCUUUCCUGUUCCCAUCAGUCAUCAGCUCCCUGAGCUUGCCCUCCCCAGCGCAGACACAUAACACCCCCAACAGCGGAGGAAGCCCAUCUCCUGUGGCCAUUGAGACUCAGAGCACCAGUUCUGAGGAGUUGGUUCCCAGUCCUCCAUCACCUCUUCCCCCUCCUCGUGUCUACAAACCUUGCUUUGUCUGCCAGGACAAGUCCUCGGGGUACCACUAUGGUGUCAGUGCCUGUGAAGGCUGCAAG